AAAUUCCAUUUUCGCCCAAAACCAAAACCAAAACCGAAAAACCGAAACCAAAAUCAAAACCAAAAAUUUCAAUGGCGUAUUUCUCCAUUCCUAAGCUUCCUCACCAACCUAACAUGCCUCUGCCUGAUGAAACUGACGCUGAUUGUGAUUCUCCGGUGCCCACUGUACCAUCCCUCCUCCCCAACCCCAUGGAUUUCAACCCCUUCGCCGCCGUCUCAUCCGUCGUCGCAUCUGCCGACGAUUCCCUCCCCUUCGACACCGAUUGGUUCUCCGAUUCCGACUCCGACUCCGAGCGUGAUGUUAGUUGCUUCGUGACUGAUCUUUUCGAGAAUCGUCGUUUCACGGAUCAUUUGCACGCUCUUGGCGAUCCUGAUCGGGGUUCCGACCCAUUUACGCCUUCUGCUAACGACUUGGACUUGGGCAUUUCGGGAUUCGAAGACAGCGGUGAAAUUGAAUCCAAUUAUAUUGAGGAGCUCUGGUCGACCUUCGCGGUGGAGUCCGAUACCCGGGUUUCCGAGACGGAUGUGAGCAGCAUGCAGGUCGCGGUUGCGGAUGCAAUUAAUGGUGGCCUUCGGCUUGUUGAUGUGGAUUCGGACUCCGAUUCUGAUAACGGAAUGCUUGGUGCGCUGCAACUCGUGACGGGGGAUGAUGACGAGAAUGAUGUUAAUUGGGUUGAGAGUUCCAAUCCUCUCUCGGAUAACUUCAGCUUUUGCAUCCAGGGCCAGAGGAUUUCGUACGAGGAUUUCGAAUGGGAGGAGGUGGAGGAGCGGGUGGACGACAUGGAAAAUCCAAGCGUAGUGGUGGAUGGGGCUGAGGAAUUGUCUCUUGCAUCGGGGUUCUCCAAUGAAGACGAGUCGGGAGAAGAGGCAAGCCGGUGGGAAAUCCUAUUAGUAAUGAACGACAUUGGGAGGAAUACGAACUGGGAACGGGAUAAUGAUUCUGAGGCAUACAUAGCCGAGCAGGAUGAUUAUAUGUACGCAGCAGAAUAUGAUACCCUUUUCGGACAAUUCGUGGAAAAUGAGAAUUCUAAGGGUAGUCCUCCAGCAGCUAAGACUGCUGUGGAGAAUCUUCCUCUGGUUGAGUUGAAAAUGGAGAAUGUGCUGACAGAGGAAGUCGUUGUUUGUGCUGUUUGUAAGGACAAAUUUUCAAUGGAGGAGAAGGUGAGGAAGCUUCCCUGUGGCCACUAUUACCAUGAUGAUUGCAUUCUGCCCUGGCUGAAUAUCCGAAACACAUGUCCAGUUUGUCGGUAUGAGUUACCUACUGACGAUCCAGAUUAUGAGCGUAGGAAGAGCCAAAGGGCGGGUGGUGGCCUGCAAAUGGAUUUUCAGGUCAGGUACAAUUUUGAACAUAUAGCUUAAGAUUAGUGCAACCUGUGAGAAUGAAACCUGUGAAUAGCAUCGACGAUGGUUGCUUUUAGAUGGAAAAAAGUUGCUCACGAUUUUGCAUUUGUAAAGCUUUUGUGGUAAGUAUUCUAUAAAAUUCUCCGCGUGGAACUUCUAGCAUUGCUGUUGAUACUUGAUACGCUCCAAUUAUCUCAACAGGUAUCCAUUCUGAUUCAGUGCUUGGUAAGUUUUAGUCACUGAUAAUAGUAGGGAGUUAUACUGUCUCGUAUCUUGUUGAAUUUAAUUUAGGAAUCAUAUUGUUGUAGACAAGACAUACGAAUGAUCAUAUACUACUACAAGUGCUGGGCGUUGAAAUUGUAUACUUGUGGAGUAUAUUAAAUUAGUAUAUUUGUGUGCUCGAGUAUCUGUUGGUAGACUUGUAAAAAUAGGAACUUCUGA